GCUUUCGAUCCGAUCCGCGGACCGCGAGCGCAUGAACCUAACAUAACCUAAUACUUAACACCGUCUACUGGUCCAACCGCUCGGUUCUCGAGAGUUCGACGCGAGAGAUUUUUCGGCUGAUUCUGCGGCUGCAACACAAGUCCGAAGAGAUCGUAGUUCCGCAGAUCUCGUUGCAAAAUGCGGCUGCUCAUGAACACGAGGCUCCUGCCGGUCUUUAGGCACCGAAUGACAGUGAGCCGUUUUUAUUCUAAAAGUCACGGAUUGAGUGAACGCUCGGCUUUGGCGCAGAAACUCGCCGAGCAGAAAUCGUCGAGGUUCUCGCCGAUACUUGGAGUUCUGAGAGGAAAUCUUCGAGAAUGUCGUGGAAGCGCCGCUGCGAUCGUCGUCAGGACGUUUUCCUCUAGGAACCCUUCUGAUAAGAACCCACCAAAUGAAAAUGAUGUUGAUGUCCAACCAGAAGAUUAUCCAACAGCUCUGCCAGCAACUGUUGUUGUACCAGAAGUGUGGCCAAAUGUUCCAGUAAUUGCUAUCAACCGAAACCCUGUCUUUCCACGAUUCAUCAAAUUGAUUGAACUCACCAAUCCCAUUCUCAUGGAUUUGAUAAGGCGCAAAGUAAAGCUCAACCAACCAUAUGUAGGAAUCUUCUUGAAAAAAAACGAAGAAAAUGAAGCAGAGUUGGUGGAAAAUGUAGAUGAUGUGUAUCCAGUUGGAACUUUUGCACAAAUUCAUGAAGUACAAGAUUUAGGAGAUCGCUUGAGGCUUGUUGUGAUGGCACAUAGAAGAAUCAAAAUUGUAAAUCAAAUCAUAGAAGACUUAAAUCCGAAGCAAGAAACUGAAACAGAUGAGAUGAAACUCACCUUCCCCUUAUUAAAUACGGCAAUUAACGUAUCUGUAGACGAUGCUAUGGCAGGUGGAAAGAAAAGUCGUAGAGAGAUUCGACGAAAGAAGUUGGAAGGUAAACUCCAGGACCAAGCUGAGAAGCCUGAAAAAGUAGAAGAAGCUACAGAUUCUGUGGUUGCAGAAGAAAAGCCCAUUGAGAAACCUGUGGAGACAGCUGAACCAAUUGAACAACAAGUGGUUGAACCAGUAGUUCAAAAAGAAUCUGCACAACCUUUGCUUAUGGUUGAAGUUGUGAACAUCACCCAUGAUAAGUUCAGACAAACAGAAGAAAUAAAGGCACUUACUCAAGAACUCAUCAAAACAAUCAGAGAUAUCAUAAGCAUGAAUUCUUUAUACCGGGAGUCCCUCCAACAAAUGCUUCAUCAAGGACAAAGAGUUGUUGAUAAUCCAGUAUAUCUUAGUGAUCUCGGAGCAGCGUUAACUGGAGCAGAUGCCCAAGAAUUGCAGGCAGUUUUAGAAGAAAUGGAUAUUACUAAAAGGUUGAGAUUAUCCUUAGCACUGUUGAAAAAAGAAUAUGAAUUGAGCAAGUUGCAACAAAAGAUAGGAAGGGAAGUAGAAGAAAAAGUUAAACAGCAACACCGAAAGUAUAUUCUACAUGAGCAGCUGAAAGUUAUAAAGAAAGAACUAGGAUUAGAAAAAGAUGAUAAAGAUGCGAUCGAAGAAAAGUAUCGAGAACGAAUCAAAGAUAAAGUUGUACCCAAACCUGUGAUGGAUGUCAUAGAAGAGGAAUUGAAUAAAUUAAGUUUUCUAGAAAGUCAUAGUAGUGAAUUCAACGUUACGAGAAAUUAUCUCGAUUGGCUCACAUCAAUACCAUGGGGUGUGAUGAGUCCCGAAAAUCUGGAGCUUCAACAAGCGAUUGAAAUUCUUGAUAAAGACCAUUAUGGAAUGGAAGAUAUCAAGAAACGAAUUUUAGAAUUCAUUGCUGUAAGUCAAUUAAAAGGAUCGACACAAGGAAAAAUUCUUUGUUUCCACGGACCCCCUGGUGUUGGAAAAACUUCCAUAGCUAGAUCGAUAUCGCGAGCUUUGAACAGAGAAUACUUCCGAUUUAGCGUUGGCGGUAUGACCGACGUUGCUGAAAUCAAAGGCCACAGAAGAACUUACGUAGGAGCGAUGCCUGGAAAAAUUAUCCAAUGCUUGAAGAAAACAAAAACGGAGAAUCCCUUGGUUUUGAUCGACGAGGUCGAUAAAAUUGGAAAAGGUCAUCAAGGAGAUCCAGCUUCAGCUUUGUUAGAAAUGCUCGAUCCUGAGCAGAACGCGAAUUUCUUAGAUCACUACCUUGACGUAGCAGUCGACCUUUCUAAGGUUUUGUUUAUCUGCACUGCCAAUGUAAUCGAUACGAUUCCAGAGCCACUAAGGGACCGUAUGGAAAUGAUUGAUAUGUCGGGCUAUGUGGCUGAAGAGAAAUUAGCUAUUGCCAAACAGUACCUCGUACCUCAGUCUAUGAAGGACUCAGGUCUCACUGAAGAUCACAUCAAAAUUGAAGAUAACGCUCUAGUCACCCUCAUCAAAUCUUACUGCCGUGAAUCUGGUGUCAGAAAUUUACAAAAGCACAUUGAAAAAGUUCACCGAAAAGUAGCUUUUAAAGUCGUCAAGAAGGAAGCUGAACGUCUCGACGUCACUGCUGAGAAUCUAACAGAUUUUGUGGGUAAACCUGUAUUUACGCACGACAGGAUGUACGACGUAACGCCACCAGGUGUGGUCAUGGGAUUAGCUUGGACAGCUAUGGGUGGCUCUACGCUUUUUAUUGAAACGACAAUAAGAAAGCCGAACGAUACUUCUAAGAAAUUCGAUGGAACCUUCGAGGUCACGGGUCAUUUGGGAGACGUAAUGAAGGAGUCUAUCAGAAUAGCAAUGACGGUAGCUAGAAACUUUCUCCAAAAGACAGAUCCAACGAAUACCUUUUUGUACGACGCCCAUUUGCACUUGCACGUUCCCGAAGGAGCGACGCCCAAGGAUGGACCAAGCGCAGGCACGACAAUAGCUACGGCUUUCCUUUCGCUGGCUAAAAAUAAAUCCGUUCGUCAAGACGUUGCUAUGACUGGAGAGCUCAGUCUUAUGGGCAAGGUUUUACCUGUUGGCGGAAUCAAAGAAAAGACGAUCGCUGCUAAGCGCGUUGGAGUCAAAUGUAUUAUAUUGCCAGAAGAAAACAAAAAAGACUUUGAAGACUUGCCAAAGUAUAUAACGGAUGGACUCGAAGUUCAUUUUGUCACCUGCUUUGAUGAUAUUUACAGGAUAUGCUUCCUUGAUGGACAAAGCUCACAAACACCUGAGCAAAAUACUGAUGACGACACGUCGACAUUUAAUUCUAAGCAGCAAGCUCCUCUGCAGGCAUAAUCAUUAAUUUUACUUAAAUUAAUUCGCAUUUAUAUUUUUAUUAUUUUAAAAAAGUAACUUUUGUAAUUGCUGCUUGUGGUUUUUUUUUAAUAUAUAAGUUUUGGAUCUUAGUAAAAUCACCACAUUCCCGAUUAAUAUUCUUUUCAUUAAUGAUCAAAGCAUUAUUAUUUGCUUUAUUAGACACUGUCAAAUUUCAUUCAAAGUUUUUUUCAAAAUAUUUCACUAAAAAGUAGGUUAGAAGUUUCAAAUGAAAAUCAAAUUUGUCUUUUGAAACUUUACAAGUGAAUACAGUAUAUAUUGGGUGUAAAAUAGGUAUAUAGACAUACACGUGAAAAUCUUUAUUUUUUAAAACUGUACUAAAUAGUGAAUGAUUACAAAAAAGCAAGUACCCAACUCUGUAAAUAUGUACAGCAAUUGUAAUAUUUUUCACAAAACAUUUUGUUACUGCUUGAGAAUACCUCAGCAAUUUGUUUGACUUCAAUAUGAUAUAAUUUAAUUAUUUUUACUCUUAAUGAUAAAAAAUAGAUUGUAAGCUUUGUACAAAUAAAAAUUGUUA